CUCCCUCCGCCGUCUCCUCUUUCUCCGCCUGCAUCCCCGGGGGGCAGAGUGUGGGAAGAACGAAUUUCCGCCCGGUUUGCCUGCCACUCGCCGACUUGGGUCCCUUCCGGACGCAGCCUGCUCACUCCCGGCUCCUCCCCCGGCUGUUCCACCGAGGCCUCGCUCCUGGUCCGGGACCGAGAGUCAGGAGGCGCGGGCUGCGGGGGCCGGGCCGCCGGGGCGCAGCAGCCAAGCCGCGCCCCGAGGAGCUCUUGGAAGGGCUCCCGCCUGCAGCUGGGGAAUCCGCUCGGCGGGGAGAAUCCGUGCCAGGGAAUCCAGCUCUCCGGACUCAAGCUGCAAACAAAAAGCUCAGGUCUGGCUCCCUCCCCCUACCCCCCGACGCACACCCGGAGAAACAGUUCUGUGCAGAAAUGCAACAAGUAGCACCCGGAGCUCCUGGAGCGCCGUGAGCCGCCUGACUUGGCCGGGCGAAGCCCGCCUGCAGAGACCCGGGCCAGCCACCGGACAAAGGGCGGAGGAGGGGCUGGACCGCGCUGCGGAGUCCGAAAGAGGCCAUUUAGCGACUCUGGCCAGGCCAAGGGGAAUGCAGAGGAGACACAGAGCAGGCGGGCCAAGAGGACGAUCCGGCCGCAGCACGCAGGGCGGGCGGCGAUGGAGGCUGCCCGCGCCGUGCGCUUCCUACUCGUGGUGUGCGGCUGCCUCGCGCUCCCGCCGCGGGCCCAGCCCGUGUGCCCGGAGCGCUGCGACUGCCAGCACCCCCAGCACCUCCUGUGCACCAAUAGGGGGCUCCGCGCCGUGCCCAAGACCAGCUCGCUGCCGAGCCCCCAGGACGUGCUCACCUACAGCCUCGGCGGCAACUUCAUAACCAACAUCACGGCCUUCGACUUCCACCGUCUGGGGCAGCUCAGACGGCUGGACCUGCAGUACAACCAGAUCCGCUCUCUGCACCCCAAGACCUUUGAGAAGCUCUCCCGGCUGGAGGAGCUCUACCUGGGGAACAACCUCCUGCAGGCGCUUGUCCCCGGUACGCUGGCCCCGCUGCGCAAGCUGCGCAUCCUCUACGCCAACGGCAACGAGAUCGGCCGCCUAAGCCGCGGCUCCUUCGAGGGCCUGGAGAGUCUGGUCAAGCUGCGGCUGGACGGGAACGCCCUGGGGGCGCUGCCGGACGCGGUCUUCGCCCCCUUGGGCAACUUGCUCUACCUACAUCUGGAGUCCAACCGGAUCCGCUUUCUGGGCAAGAACGCCUUUGCCCAGCUGGGCAAACUGCGCUUCCUCAACCUCUCUGCCAACGAGCUGCAGCCCUCCCUACGCCACGCAGCCACCUUCGCACCGCUGCGCUCCCUCUCCACCCUCAUCCUCUCGGCCAACAGCCUCCAGCACCUCGGCCCGCGCGUCUUCCAGCACCUGCCGCGUCUCGGCCUACUCUCACUCAGGGGCAACCAGCUCACACACCUCGCGCCAGAGGCCUUUUGGGGGUUGGAGGCCCUGCGCGAGCUGCGCCUGGAGGGGAAUCGGCUGAGCCAGCUGCCCGUGGCGCUGCUGGAGCCUCUGCACAGCCUGGAGGCGCUGGACCUUAGCGGGAACGCGCUGUCCGCUCUGCACCCCACUAUCUUUGGCCACCUGGGCCGGCUGCGCGAGCUCAGCCUGCGCGACAACGCGCUCACUGCCCUCUCCGGGGACAUCUUCGCCGCCAGCCCGGCCCUCUACCGGCUGGAUCUAGAUGGCAACGGCUGGACCUGCGACUGCCGUCUGCGGGGCCUGAAGCGCUGGAUGGGCGAUUGGCACUCGCAAGGCCGUCUUCUCACCGUCUUCGUGCAGUGUCGCCACCCCCCGGCCUUGCGGGGCAAGUACCUGGAUUACCUGGAUGACCAGCAGCUGCAAAACGGGUCUUGUGCAGAUUCCUCGCCCUCAGUUUCCCCGACCACCGAAGGCCACGGGAGGCCCUCACCCACAGCCACCGGGGAGGAGGUGGCGCCCCCUGCAGGUGGCCUCUCCGAGGAGCUGCCACCGCAGCCGCAGCCACAGCAGCGCGGGCGAUUUCUUCCUGGGGUGGCCUGGGAUGGGGCCGCCGGGGAGCUCUUGGGCAACCGCAGCGCUCUGAGGCUGAGCCGACGGGGUCCGGGCCUCCAGCAGCCUGACCCCUCCGCCGCUGCUGCCGCGGUCCCGGCGCCACACCCCCUGGACCUGCUCCAGAAGCCCGAGCGGGGACCUCCGACUCUGGCAGAUGCUGCCCACGCGGGGCCCACCCCGACGGCCGAGCCCUCCUCUGCGCCACCGCCUGCUGGCGACCCCUGGCAGCACGCGGCGAAGCAGCGCCUGGCCGCGCAGCAGCAGGAAAGCGCCGCUCAGUCCGACGGCGGGGUCGGCCUGGCGCCGCUGGUGUCCGACCCUUGCGACUUCAACAAGUUCAUCCUGUGCAACCUGACCGUGGAGGCGGUGGGCUCCGACAGCGCCUCGGUGCGCUGGGCGGUGCGCCAGCACCGCAGCCCCCCACCGCUGGGCGGCGCGCGCUUCCGCCUGCUCUUCGACCGCUUUGGCCAGCAGCCCAAGUUCCACCGCUUCGUCUACCUGCCGGAGCGCAGCGACUCGGCCACGCUGCGCGAACUGCGCGGAGACACCCCUUACCUGGUGUGCGUGGAGGGCGUCCUCGGGGGCCGGGUCUGCCCGGUAGCCCCCCGUGACCACUGCGCCGGGCUGGUCACCCUCCCGGAGCCUGGGAGCCGGAGCAGCGUGGAUUACCAGCUGCUGACCUUGGUCUUGCUGGCCGUCAACGCGCUGCUGGUGCUCCUGGCGCUGGCGGCCUGGGCGUCACGCUGGCUGCGCAGGAAGCUGCGGGCUAGGCGGAAGGGUGGGGCCCCGGUGCAUGUUAGACACAUGUACUCCACCCGACGUCCCCUGCGCUCCAUGGGCACCGGCGUGUCUGCGGACUUUUCUGGAUUCCAGUCGCACCGGCCGCGCACCACCGUGUGUGCUCUCAGCGAGGCGGACCUCAUCGAGUUCCCCUGCGACCGCUUCAUGGACAGCGGGGGCGGCGGCACAGGUGGCAGCUUGAGGCGGGAGGACCAUCUUCUGCAGCGAUUUGCUGACUAGAUCCAGAGACUCCAGGGGUGUGGAGACCAUCUCAUCGGCCUUGAGGAGCCAGCCACUUUCCGUGGAGCCCCUCAAUCCACCUCAGGGGAAGAUCUCACUUUAUCAGAGCUUCUCCUUUCCCCCUUUUGUGCACUUGCCAGAGAGGCCAAAGGGGAAGCCAGUUCGGCACCCCCACCCCUACCCCAAUUUCCAGUACCCACUCAUGAAGUGAAUGGGUGGUACUUAGUGGUCAAGGCCAAGAGUAGGGGACAAAUGGAUGUUAGAGUCCAGAGGUGGGAAGCCUUUUACAUGGAGACCUUGGCACAGCUAUGGAUGUGGCUUUUGUGGCAUGGCAGUGCAAGAGAGCCUGGCCCCCUUUGGGGUAGAAAAGGGCGCUUUUGCCCCCCAGUAUGGCCAGAAAGAGAUUUGGGUGCAUGCUUUUUGUUUGUUCAGUGUGAAACAGAGGAGUUUUGUCCUAUUUAAGGGAAAAGGAACUUAUUAGUAUUACAAAGGAUGCUUGGCACCUUGACUGCACUGGUCUGGUGGUCUCUGCCAAGAAGGUAGAUGUUGUAAACAGGUGGAAAAGUUGAACACACCUGCCAAGGAACUCUUUCGUGUUGGUUAAUAGAACAUUUAGGAUAAUUUAAUGUUUAAAUAAUUAGAGACUAUUUUUUUUUCAACAAUGUGAAGAGCUGGGACAUUUAACAAACUGACAAUAAACUCAAGGACUGUUUUAGUUGCGCUGAACCGUUCAACUAGUAUUUUCUUUUUAACAUUAACACCACAAGAACAUUGGCUGACCUUGGGGUUAACUAAGAUUACCUACUUUCUCAGGAGAAGACUGCAUGCAAGACUUCUCUGUCAGGGUUGCUCCUGUGGCUUUUUAAUUUUAUUUUUCUAAACCUAUCUAUGGAAAAGGAAACGUCAGUGCCAGACUUGAUAAAGAAUGUAAGGUGUGCAUAACCGAUGGCCGCGUAGGGAACGGCAGCCUCCAAGUUCACUUAACCGCAUCUCUGACACUGUGUCCAGAUUGGAAUAAAUGUGAUGUGGUACUUCUCAUGUUUUUAUCAGUGACACCCAGUAGACUGUGCCCCGCUUCUCUUGAGUUGCACGGUUAAGUGAUAAAGGCAGUUCCCUAAUAGGAGGGAAGCAAAAGGUGGUAGUCAGUUGAUGGUGUAACUUUCAGUCACCUUAAUGUCUUACUCUGUAUGAAAUAGAGGGGAAGAAAUUAUCGGAAAAAAUGUGAAAAAGGGUGCAUCAGUGGUUGUCUGUUUUUACUAAAACCGGAAGACUGUUAGGAAUACUUAAACCUCACUGUGAAAUAAUUAUCUGUUUUGCAAGUUAAUCCCUCCACUACCCCGUGUUUUACCAUGUAUUAAAUCUUAUCUUUUAGUUAAUAAUUGCGGUAUUUCUUUUAAAUUUUCUUGUUUUAAAUUUAGGAUUAGCCUCCUUUAUUUGCUCAGUUGUUUUCAAUUAUUUGGGACACUUUCAUUCCCUGAUAUUUAUGAAGUACAUGUUUAUCAAUAAAUGUAGUGCUUUGGUUUACAUUAAUAAUUUCGUGUGUGGUCUAAAAAAGCAGUCACGAGGAAGAUCCGCACGGUUAUAUUCACUGUCGUUGUGGAUUUAUUGGCAGUGGGGUGCCAUGGAGGCUCUUGCUAUGGUGCUAAGGCUGACAGGGAAUCCUCUGUUAAGGCCUCAAGCCCCUGAGGGUCCUGAUGACUCAGGGAAUCUAUCAUAGUCUGGGGGUCCUUCAACCCCAGCGCACUUCCUUUUAUGUUCGGCCUCCAGUGAGCCAAGCCUGCCCUUGUCCCAACAGCUGAGCAGGGACCCAGGGCUCUAAACGAACGGAUCUGUGUUUAUGUUCAAUGAGUAAAUGUCCAGACCACUUAAAGUACAGCUGCUUCUCUGGCAGUCUUAUCUGUGGGGCCAAAAUUUAAUAAACCGCAGGAAAUAGACUGUCAUUCUUAGUUUGCUGCCAGUGCCCGUGUCAGAUCCCGAGCAUAUGAGUAUGUGGGAGAGGGGCCGUUGCUCGCUCUUAUUUGCAACCUUUGGGCUAUGUACUUGCCCUUCUCGUGCUCCUAGUUGUGUUCAUUUGUAGAGCAAUGGCAUCUUUUAGCUGGUCCUUUUGCACAGCAGUGUCCUCUUGAGCCCCACUGAAAGUCUGGAAAAGACCUCUGAUGCUUCCCACCAGCCACCCUUUCAGCUGCAGAACAUCACGGAAAAUACUUCACGGAAAAACAGUAAAAUCUAUGUAGAAACAGUUCGACUGGAAAGUCUUUUGGUGGGAAGGGAAUAAAUGUUAUACAUUGUUAUGGUCAGUUACGUCAAUAAACCCACUUACUAAUGGAGAUGUGUUAUUGUUGGAGUUUCCGAGUAUCCUAUACACUGUCAUGGUGAUACGCUCUGGUUUUCGGUAGCAGCUUCAGUUGACGACAAUGAAACAUAAGCUGGAGGUCUAUCUGUCCUCUUGCAGUGGUUUUUAAUUGCCAUUUCUACAGAAGAGUAGGGACUUUAUUUUUUGGAAAUAGUUGUUAGGAGAGUUUAUGCCCAAAGAAACAAUGAGAUGACUCUAAAAGCAGAGGGUGAGCCAUGAUAAGAAAAUGCUGUUAAAAUACCAGGUAGUAAGGAGGGCACAUACUUCAUGGUGCACUGGGAGUUAGGCGCAACUAAGGA